AUGCCUCUCUUCUACAUGCACGGAAUGCCCAUCGGGGGCACAGCGAUUAUGCUGGCCCUUGUCGCGAGUAUGGGUGGUUUCAUCUUCGGUUACGAUACCGGACAGAUCAGCGACAUCCUCCUCAUGGAGGACUUCAAGCUUCGUUUCGCGACCUGCUCGAACCCAACGGACCAUAACACAUGCGAGUUUUCGACUGUGCGGGCAGGGCUCAUCGUGUCGUUGCUGUCGAUUGGGACUUUGGCUGGUGCUCUAAUGGGUGCUCCAAUAGCAGAUAAAAUCGGACGUCGAUAUGCGAUGGUGGUGGAAUGUAUUCUUUUCGCUGUUGGUGUCAUCAUCCAGCUUUGUACGUUCGGCGUGUGGCAGCAAAUAGCUGUCGGCCGCCUCAUUUCCGGCCUGGCCGUGGGUGCUCUAAGUGCCGCUGUGCCGAUGUAUCAAGCAGAGACUGCACCGGCUCAGAUACGUGGUAGUCUAACAGCGACUUACCAACUGUUCAUCACGUUUGGUAUUCUCGUUGCUUACUGUAUCUCAAUUGGAGCACGAGACCUACCUGGAGCCGCAUCAUGGCGACUCGUCAUCGGACUGGGCCUCGUCUGGCCUUGCAUCCUCGGAGUUGGGAUCCUCUUCAUGCCAGAGUCCCCGCGAUGGCUCGCCGCUCACGGCCGGCUCAAGGAAGCCUCCCACUCUAUCGCGCGCUCGUACGGCAUCAAGUCCCUCGACGAGGACACGAACCAAUACGUCCGAUCUGAGGUCGACGAGAUCGCGAACCAGGUCGAACACGAGCGCCGCAUCAAGUCGGGGUGGCUCAGCUGCUUCAGCCCGAAGAACAAGACGCUCUAUCGGACGCUGCUCGGCAUGAGCUUGCAGAGCUUCCAACAACUCACCGGGGCGAACUAUUUCUUCUAUUAUGGGGCGACUAUCUUUCAGAGUGUGGGGAUUAGCGACAGCUUUGUGACGCAAAUUAUCUUGGGCGCUGUCAAUUUCGUGUGUACGUUUGGAGGUCUCUACGUCAUGGAAAGAUUUGGACGUCGCAGGCCCCUCAUCAUUGGCGGAGUGUGGCAGUCGGCGUGGCUAUUUGUAUUCGCAGCGGCGGGAACCGCGAAGGAUCCGACGGAGAGUUCUGGUACGGGCAAAUUGAUGAUCGUAAGCGCCUGUAUGUUUAUUCUUGGGUACGCCAUGACUUGGGCGCCUGGCGUCUGGAUCCUCAUCGGCGAGACAUUCCCAACGAGAACUCGUGCGAAGCAGGGCGCGUUGUCGACCGCGAGUAACUGGUUAUGGAAUUUCUUAAUCGCUUUCUUCACACCCUUCAUCGUCUCUGCCAUUCACUUUCGAUAUGGUUUCGUGUUCGCCGCGUGCAACUUGGCCGGUGCCCUCACGGUCUACUGCUUCCUUUACGAGAGUUCCGACCUAUCCCUCGAAAGCGUCGACGACAUGUAUAACGACCCCAAAUGCAAGCCCUGGACCUCGCGGUCAUGGGUACCGGUCGGGUACUCGUCGCGCUACGACCUCGUGGAGCAGACCAAAGCUGCGCAGGCAAGAAAACCACUCGUCAGCGGCGCGCUCGACGAGAAGCAUAUCGAGAAUGCUGCAGCUGCCAGUGGUAAUGGUAAUGGGAAUGGGAAUGGGAACGGAGUGGAGUUUAAUGGGGACAUCGGUGCUGGCCAAGGCGGAACGAAACCGGUUGGAAACGGAAGCCUUUCCGAAAAGCCGCCUAUCGCUCCUCCAAGUGGUACGAGAGCGGCGAAUGACGGUGUCAGAGAUACCACAGAGAGAACAAACCGAUCCUCCAACAAUUAA